UUGGUGAAGUGGUGGUAUUUGCCUCUAAUGUGGCAGUUUGUGAUCCCUGUCCUCUUGUUUGCUGUGUGCCAUGCUGCUGGAAAACCGGCCUUCCUAGUGAUGUUCCCAGCAGUGAUACCAUCUGGGUCUCAAGCAAGAUUAUGUGCCCACAUCCUUUACCCAAAUGAAACUCUGCGCCUGCGUGUCUUCUUGGACAGCGAGUCCAAGACCUUGCUGACAAAAACAACAAAGAAGGCUUUGUUCAACUGCUUUGUGUUUCAGGCCCCCAAUGUCAAACAGGCAUCGGUACAGACCAUUAAAGUGAGAGUACAAGGGGCAGCAUUGCUCCUGGAGGAGCAGCGUAAGGUCAUGUUUGAACCUGUUCUUCCUCUGACGUUCAUCCAGACCGACAAACCAGUCUACAAGCCUGGACAAACAGUGAACUUCAGAAUUGUCACCAUGAAUACAAACUUGGUCCCUGUCAAUCAGCUGUAUGAAAUUGUGUAUCUGGAGGAUGUUAAUAAUAACCGGCUUAACCAAUGGACAAACAUCACCUCCACGAACAUGCUCUUGCAACUCUCCUAUCCACUGACUACCGAAUCUCCGGUGGGAGCUUAUCGCAUCGUUCUACCUGUAGGCAUGCGCAACACUGAACAGACCUUUGCGGUCAAGGAAUAUGUCUUGCCCAGGUUUGACGUAAAGGUGAACGUACCAUCAGAAGUAAAUGCUGUGGAGCCUGAAGUUAAACUGGAAGCCUGUGCAAAGUACACGUAUGGUCAGCCUGUGCCAGGCAAGGCUGAGCUGGAACUGUGUCGGAAUCCAUACCCAUGGAUGAAACGCAUCAAUUACCAUACACGGUGCCUUACGGAAUCUGUGCAGCUGAACAAAAGCGGCUGUUGCUCUUAUGCCUUUAAUGUGACAUACUUCCUUGGUGAGGGACUUGAGGAUAUCCUCAAUUUCAAUGCUAAAAUAGAAGAGCAGGGAACAGGCAUUACACUGUCAGAAUCUGCCAAUAUGAACAUCAAUUACUCUGCUGGAAGUGUGUGGUUUGUUGAUACCCCAGAUUCCUAUCAGCCUGGCUCCAUUAUUAAGGGGAAAAUCAAAUUUGUGGAUUACAAGAGCUCUCCUGUAGCUGCUCAGAAAAUCUACCUAUAUGAAGGGUUUUGGGAGCCUCUUAAGCUCCUUAAAAAUCUUACCACUGACCAGUAUGGUAUAGCUAACUUUUCAGUCAACUUCACUGGUCAAUCAAGCUCUAAAAUCCAACUAAGGGCAAGCUACUAUCCUCCAUAUGAGAUCUUCCACAACCAGCCUCAGGCUGCCAUCUACCAAGAUGGGAUGCACACACUCUCACCAUUCCAGCCUCAGACAGCCCCCUUCAGCUAUCUGACCAUACAGAGCAAAGAACUACCUCUUCCAUGUUCUAAAGUGGUACAAAUUGGUGUCUGGUACAUGCUGGUUGAAGAGAAGUCUCCAAGUAACCGUCCAAAGCUUUUCUAUGUGAUCCUAUCAAGAGGAGCCAUAGUGUCUCAUGGAUCCAUGCAAAUGGCUCAGCCGAACAUGACUCGAGGAAAUCUCACCAUAUCACUAAAAGUGACUCCAAAUAUGGCUCCAGUAGUUCAAGUCUUGGUGUAUAUUGUACUGCCUAGUAGGAAUGUGAUCAGUGCAAGCAUGGCCUUUCCUACUGAGAAAUGUUUCCAACACAAGGUUGCACUGAACUUCUUGCCACACACUGCUGUUCCUGGAGAAAAGGGCAAAAUGAAUCUCCAGGCUAAACCUGGGGCAUUGUGUGCCCUGACUGUUGUGGACAGGAGUGUACUGCUGCUUGAUCCAGGGAAGCGUCUCAAUGCGGACAAGCUCUUCAGUUUGUUACCCAUUCAAAAAAGUACAUCCAUACCAUACAUGGUGCAGGACCCUGAAGUCUGCCUGAAAGUAAGAGUAAAGCGCUUCAUAAAACCACCAGUGGAAAAUGAUGCUCUUUCUGCAUUUCAGGCAAGUUGCAUUGAGGAGGACUUCAGCAAGCCACAUGUAGGCCUGAAAGUUGCUACCAAUUUAAUGGUAGCGGCACCAUCCUGCCUCCUCUUCAUGGGGAAGAACUACCGUUCAUCAUAUAACGUGCCACUGGACUUUGUUCGAUAUAGUGCCAGAGCUCCAUCUCCUGCUGAGGCUGAAGAUCUGCCUAUGCCGACAGUGCGCACAUACUUCCCUGAGACAUGGAUCUGGGACCUUGUGCAAGUGGGGCAAUUUGGAUCUGUGCAGCUUCCUGUCACUGUGCCGGAUACAAUCACCACCUGGGAAGCAGAUGCCUUCUGCUUGGCUAGUACUGGUCUAAGCCUGGCUCCUCCAACAGAGCUCAGGGUCUUCAAGCCAUUCUUCUUGGACAUCAUCUUGCCAUACUCAAUCAUCCGUGGGGAACAGUUUAAACUAACUGCAACGGUAUUCAACUAUCUUGCAGAGUGCAUCAUGGUCAAGAUGACUGCAGCACCAUCGUCAGCCUAUAAACUGAUACCCUGCACUGACUGCCAGUACUCCUCUUGCCUUUGUGCCAGUGAGACCAAGACCUUUCAGUGGAGUUUAGUGGCUUCUGCCCUUGGGGCUGUGAAUGUAUCGGUAAGUGCUGAGGCUGUGCGGUCCCAGCAGCUCUGUGACAAGAAGUCGGUGACUGUGCCAGAAAGGGGCCGCAUUGAUUCGGUGUCUCGUGUCCUGUUGGUGAAGGCUGAAGGAGUAGAGAAGACUGACAGCUACAGUUGGCUGCUGUGUCCUAAUGGGGGAAAAGCUGAAGAGCAAGUGGACUUGCAGCUCCCUGCAACUGUGGUGAAGGGUUCAACACGUGCUUCUGUUGUCGUCCUAGGGGAUAUAAUGGGCCAGGCCAUCAGGAACUUGGAUAACUUUUUAGCCAUGCCAUAUGGCUGUGGGGAACAGAACUUGGCUGUCCUGGCCUCUGAUGUGUACAUCAUGCAGUACCUACAGUCUAUUCAACAGCUAGACCCUGUCUUGGAAAAAGCAACAUUCUACCUCCAGAGUGGCUACCAGAGGCAGCUGAACUACAGGAACAGCAAUGGCUCUUUCUCUACCUUCCCUGGUGAAGAAGGCAAUAACUGGUUGACUGCCUUUGUCAUAAAGACCUUCACAAAGGCCCAAACAUUCAUCUACAUUGACCCCAAGAUAAUCAAAGAAGCACAGUCUUGGCUAUUGACAACUCAAAAGGAAGAUGGUUGCUUCAGAACUUCAGGCAAGCUCUAUCACAGUAGCAUGAAGGGUGGAGUAGAAGGUGAUGUAACUCUUACAGCCUACAUUGCUGCAGCUCUAAUGGAAAGCAACAUUUCGAACCCUGCAUUGAAUCUCAGCUUGGCCUGCCUGAGGUCAGAUAUCAGUUAUCUGACAAGCACCUACACAUCAGCCCUGCUGGCGUACACAUUCACCCUAGCUGGAGAUGAGCAAAAACGGACCCAGCUGAUGGCACAUCUGUACAGCCUUGCAUCAACUGAAGGUGAUUUGCUAUACUGGUCUCAGUCAGCCUCUGAAGCCAAAGGAUCCAUAACAGUGGAAACUACCUCCUAUGUGCUGCUGGCUGUGCUCUCCACCUCUCUGCUGUCAUCUGCUAAUUUGGGCCAUGCGGCAAAGAUUGUCCACUGGCUGGUGAAGCAGCAGAAUGCCUAUGGAGGAUUUGCUUCCACACAGGAUACGGUUGUGGCACUGCAGGCACUUGCUCUCUAUUCCACCAUGGUGAAAAAUCCAGAAGGCUCCAGUACUGUAACUGUACAGUCAGCCAGUGGUCAACUGCAAGUCUUCACUGUGAAUCUGGGGAACCAACUCCUCUACCAGGAGAGGCUGCUGCAAGAUGUCAAAGGGCACUACAGCAUUGUGGUCCAGGGCACUAGAUGUGUCUCUGUACAGAUAACAGUCCAUUACAACAUCCCCACUCCCACAAUGGAGUCCUCACUUCAUAUAAUUACAAAUGUGAGCAGUGACUGCAGAGGUGCUCUGACUCUGAACAUCAAGGUCCAAUAUAAUGGCUCACAGGAAAUGACCAAUAUGGUGCUUCUAGACAUCAAGCUUCUGUCAGGGUUUGGCCUUGAUCCAUCAUCUCUGAAACAGUUGAAAGGUUCUGCUAUGGUAGAACAAGUUGUUGAACAAGAUGACCACAUUUUGGUGUAUCUGAGAGAGCUGCAAAGAAACCUUCCUCUGUUCUACAUGCUGAACCUUGUCCAGCAGCUCAAGCUAAGUGGCCUUAAACCAGCUGUGAUCAAGAUGUAUGACUACUACCAGCCUGCAUAUGAAGCCUUGGCUGAGUAUACAUCUCCAUGUAAAUGAACAAAUGUGGCCCUGUGCAACAUCCUGUACAGUAAAUGAUGCUGAACUUUAGCAAUAAACUUGCUAAAUUCA